AUGGCAUCUGACAUAGAUGUAGAAUUUCUCUAUAUUAUAUAUUACAGUCUUUUUACUACAACAGAGAUUGCCUUUAUAGUGGGACUAAUAACAAACGUGUACAUCAUCGCUGUCUAUGUUAUGGACUGGAGGAAAGGAAGAACCAUGUCCACAUCUGACCAAGUCAUCAUCUCCAUCAUGAUCUCCAGGAUGAUUCUACAAUGUGUGAUCCAGAUGAAUCAGUUUUGGGAAACUUUUUGUACCAUAUGUUUUGCUAUAUUGAUUAUCAGAAUCAUAUACUUCUCCACUAUGUAUUCCUCCUUCUGGUUGUCCACCCUUCUGGGUGUCGUCUUCUAUCUGAAGAUCGCCAACAUUCACAGUGUCUUCAUUUCAUGGCUGAGGAAGAUUCUUUCAAAGAGGAUCCUGUAUUUUAUUAUGGCUUCUCUUCUGGUCUCCAUUGGCCAAACCUCAGCCAUCUAUUUAGUUGCUUUUACUGGGGCGAAGACAUAUUAUGUUUAUCAAAAUUCAACAAAUUACAGCUACAAGCAUCUGCCAGUUGAGACAAUGUCUAUUGUGUUCUUUGUUAACAUCUUUGGGCCGUUUCUUGUCUUUUUCUUGUCCUCGUUGUUUCUUAUCACCUCUCUGUACCUUCACAUCAGACACAUGAGAUGUAACAGGAAUGUGACUAGCUCUCUGGAUCCCUAUUAUAGGAUCAUUAAGUACAUUGCUGGUUCCCUUAUAAGCUCUAUAGUAUGUGUCAUCAUCAAUGUAUUGGCAGAGAAGUACUAUUACAUAUUCGGUUUUGUAUCCUAUUCUUUCCCUUGGACUGUUUCUGGAACAUUCCAUUCAAUGUUACUGAUCUAUGUAACACCCAAGCUGAAGAAUCCAUUGUCCAGGAUCCUCAAGUCCUUAUCCAACUGCUGGAUGAAGAGAGAAGAACCUGGAGACUUAGUGAUGACUGUCACUACUUGA